GCUAGGAGGCCCCCAGCCUAGCGCUUAGCAAAAGUGCAUUCCCUGCGCUGAGGAUCCUGGACUGAAGAGGCCAAAUUGUAGUUUUUCUCCCACCCCUUAGAGGCUUCCUGACCUCAAUCCAAUCACCAUGACAUCUCCCCUUUGCUGGGCAGCCGGGACCAACGGCGUGACUAGCCAGGAGCCAGUUUCAGCGCCCUCUUCCAAAGCCAAAGGCAGUAAGGCUCAGGGGAACCGCCGUGCCCGAGGCAAGGUUUUAGGCCGGGCGCAGGCCUGGCCUGCACACCGUCUCAAGUCGGCAACCUCCUACCAUUUGAUGAAGUCUUCUGUGCACGCACAGGUGCUUGAGUUACAAAGGAAAAUCCAACUGUUAGAGGGUGACCGGAAGGCCUUUUAUGAGAGCUCCGAAUGGAACAUAAAGAAGAACCAAGACACCAUCACCCAGCUCCAGGAGGAGACCAAGGCUCUCCACAUGCAGCUAAAGGACCUGCUGCAGGGGGAUUCUAAAGUGAUCCGAGCGAUCCUUCAGGAAUGGAGGUCAGAGAAGCCGUACCUGAAGAACAGGACCUGUGAGCAGGCCCUGGAGCACCUGGAGCACCAGCUUAGGGAGAAGGUGAACCAUAUGAAUGCCUUGCGGCACCAGGUAACACUGCGGCAGAAGCGGCUGGAGGAGCUGCGGCUGCACCACAGCCUGUGCCAGCUAGAGACGACAGAGGUGCAAGACAGCAACACCGAGGCUGCCAAGACCAUGCGCAACCUGGAGAACCGGCUGGAGAAGGCCCGGAUGAAGGCAGAGGAAGCAGAGCACAUCACCAGUGUGUACCUGCAGCUCAAGUCUUACCUCCAGGAGGAAAGUCUCAACUUGGAGAACAGGCUGGACUCCAUGGAGGCUGAGGUGGUGAAGACCAAACGUGAGGUGGAAGAGCUGAAAGUGUUGAACCAAGAGGCCCUGAAUGCCCGGGACCUUGCCAAGAACCAGCUGCAGUACCUGGAGGAGACUGUGAUCCGAGACCGCAAGAAGCGUGAAUACUACAUAACUGACUGCAAGAAGCGGGCUGAAGAGAAGAAACUUCAGACCGAGCGCAUGGAACGCAAGACCCACCGGGAUCACAUCCUGCUGCAGUCAGAGGAUACGAUCCAGGACUACCAGCGCCACAAGGAGGAGGAGCUCAAGGAGCGCUGGAGCAUGUACCAGAUGGAAGUAAUGUUCGGCAAGGUCAAGGAUGCCACCGGAGCGGCCGAAUCUCAUGCGGUGGUCCGAAGGUUUCUGGCCCAGGAUGAGACCUUCAUGCAGUUGGAGACUCUCAAGAAGGACAAUGAGCAGAUGCUGUUGAAAUUGAAGGAGGAGAAGCAGCGGCUGCAGGCAGAGCUGGAGACCCUCAAGUACUCAGGAGACGCCAUGCUCAUUAGCCAGCAGAGGCUCCGGGAUAAAAUGCAGGAGACACUCAAGACGGAGGAACAGCGGCACAGCAGCAUCCAGGAGAAACUGGAUCGCACCCUGCAAACCAUCCAGGUGGCCAAAGAUGGCCUGGAGCAUCUAGCCAACAAACUGAGCCAUGUGAAAGUGGAUGAGAACGUUUUGGCAGGAAAGACAUUAGACCCCGACACAGAUGACUACGUGUCCAAUCUGCUGGUGGUGGUUCAGGAAAAGCUCCUCAAACUGCAGGGGCAACUGGAGAGCCAUAACGUGCCAGAGAUGCUGCGACACAUAGAAGACAGAGAGUUCCUGACCACGUUGGAAGGAAAACUGCCCCUGUACAACACUCGCAUCCUUCUGCCUGUUGCCAGUGUCAAGGACAAGUUCUUUGACGAAGAGGAAAGCGAGGAGGAUGAUCAUGAACUGGUGACCCGUGCUGUCUUCAAGCUCCGUUCCCAGAAGUUAAUCGAAGCCCGCGGCAAGAAACGCAAUAGGUCGCGCAGAUCCUAGACUCAGCCAAGUCCCCUGGGAUGCCUCUGGGACUCCAGGGAGCCCUCCAACCCUCUGGGUCCACCCGCAAGUGUGUGUUAGAGGGAGCCCCCCAUCCCCGCAGGCCUCCUCAAGAGCGGGAGGAGGCUCAAGCAGGGAGCACCACAGACCAGCAGCGCUGGCUCGCAGGAGAGGAAAGGCCGAGCCAUUAGUUCCCACAGUAAAUCUCUCUCGAGGCGGCUUAGUGCCCGCCUCAGAAUCGCGCAAUAAAGGUCACUGACCAAACCCUUGGGUAUUCACCUCUUUUUGACCCUGCGCCGCCUCCAAAAGGCUGCCCCCACAAAAUGCAGGGCCACAGACACUUCGCGGCUUCCAGCCUGAGGCUAUCUGGCUCCGAUC